AUGGUGUUGUUGGACAGUAUGUGCUCAACGUGCAGCAGUCUGCUGCUGGACAAAAUGGCGCCAGCCCUGUCUAUAUGUUCCUGCUUGUUCCCGGAGCCUUGUACCAUCGGAUGCGUGCUGGACCUGCUGCCUGCUGGAAAGUUUGGCAUGGUUCAGCCUCCAUACCAUGGACUUGUUAUGUACAAUGACUUCACACAGCCACCACCUGCACAUAAAGGAUACCCACCAGUCUAUACGGACCCUAAAACAGGUUUACCUCGACCGCCAAUGUAUGCAGCCUACCCCGCCCCUCCCGGUCAGUUUCCACACCCUUUGUACUCUCCGGAGUUUACUAGCGCUUCCUGGCAUAGGCCAGGUUACCCCCUCACCUCAGGUGCCUUCGCGGGCUCUUUCCCGCCGUCAUUGUCAUCUUUGUCUCGUUAUGGGCCACCAGGGCUGCUGUCACACCCUGGCUUAGGCCACCCAGGCAUUCCACACCACGCCUCCCUGGGAGCAGGCCCCAAAUCUGAACUCAUGUCCCCACAGCUCUUGUCAGACUCCCACCACAGUAAUAGCUCUGGCCACUCCACAGAGCCCCCACAGAAGAAAAAAAAUCAUAUAAAGAAACCAUUAAACGCAUUUAUGUUAUUUAUGAAAGAGCAGCGGCCAAAAGUCAUUGCUGAGUGCACUCUGAGGGAGUCCUCAGCUAUCAACCAAAUUCUCGGCCGGAGGUGGCAUGCAUUAGACAGAUCCGAGCAGGCCAAGUAUUACGAGAUGGCCAGGAAAGAGAAGGAACUGCACCUACAGCUGUACCCUGGCUGGAGCGCCAGGGACAACUAUGCAGCACACCAGAAAAAGAAGAAGAGGAAAAAGGAUGGUCCAGGUGGUGGGGGUGGAAGCAGCAUGGGUGGAGCAGGUAUGGGUGGUCAUGGCGGUCUAAGUCCCAUGAGUGGAGUCAGUGGUAUGAGUGGUGGAGGGUCCAUGGGGUGUUUGAGCAUGGAACCAGAAAAUAAGUCAGGGGAGUGUCCGAAUGAGAAGAAAUGUCGAGCUCGGUACGGCAUUGAGCAGCAGUCAAGAUGGUGCAAGCCUUGCAGGUCAUUACAUGAAAAGUCUGACCAGGCAAUGGUAGAUACAGACCAGAAACACUUCUUACUUGUUAAGACGAAAGAAGAAGUGCACCCGUUAUAA